AUGAGCUUCAGGAAUGUUGUUUGCGGGUUCGCAGGUGUUGGUUUAGGUGGCGGUUUGGUCGCAUCUUUUUGGGGUUUGCCUUUUGGUGGUAAUAGUCGUGCAAAGGGUAAUGUUGUCGAUAAUGUCAGCGGCUCCGUUACCAGCGGAGGAAGCGAAGGCUCUCUGAAGCUUAGCGGAUCGGAUGUUAAUCCUAGUGCCUUUUUCAAGUACGGGUUUCCGGGUCCUGUUCACGAUCUCCAUAACAGAGAAGAAUAUGUGUCGUGCUAUGAUCGCAGACUUAAGUUGCCGUAUUGGGUUGUUGAACAUAUUACACCUGAAUCUCUAGCUAAUAAAAGUGGAGAUAGAAAAAAUUCAUUCUUUAAGGAGGAUGAAAGUAUCCCCGAUCGAUUCAGAGCUAAACUUAGAGACUAUUUCCGUUCUGGAUAUGAUCGUGGCCAUAUGGCACCAGCUGCGAAUGCUAAAUUCAACCAGAGGGCAAUGGAUGAAACCUUCAUGCUGACCAACAUCGCGCCGCAAGUUGGAGAAGGGUUUAACCGAGACUAUUGGGCUCAUUUUGAAUAUUUCUGUCGCCAGCUCACACAGAAAUAUGGUAGCGUAAGGAUUUUAACUGGGCCUCUAUUCCUUCCGAAAAGGGACCCUGCGGACGGAAAAAAUAAAGUUACUUAUGAAGUUAUAGGAAACCCCCCAUCGAUUGCUGUUCCUACUCAUUUCUAUAAAGUCAUUGUUGCUGAGAGCCCACUUCGCGGGCCAGGAAGUGAUAAUGUUGCUGUUGCUGCGUUCGUUCUGCCAAAUGACAAGAUAUCAAAUGAAACGAAAUUGACAGAUUUUGAGGUUCCUCUGGACGCGGUUUCGAGAAGUACAGGUCUGCAGUUAUUACAAAAGCUGCCUUCUGAGAAGAAGAAGGAAUUGUGUAAAGAAGUCGACUGCCAUAUUACUGUGAGAGAAUUUGUCAAAGCUCUCCCCGCUCCCAAAUCGGUUCCCUCUUUGCCCUCGCCCUCUAAGUAA